AUGAAACCCUUAGCGUUCCUGUUGCUCUUUGGUGCGGCCGCAACUGCUGGAGCCGCUGACGUUCGAGAAUUGUUGAGCGAAGCAACCGAAGAUAACCGGAAGGCCAAGCAAUUGUCGCUACACAAUGCUGGUGACUCCGAGUUCCCGGAGUUGUCCAAGGCCUACGGAGUGGGAUACGCCGAUGCGUACGGAGAAUUGCUCGAGUACGCGAAGACGAGUGACGACCUCCAGCUCAAGCUACUUGUCUUGCGCCUUCACUGCUAUGACAGGCUCCAGUAUCACCUCGUUGACGUCGAGUACGGCGGCGAUGAAGCAACAAAGAGCAAGGCGAAGAGUCGUAUGAAGCACUAUGACGCGAACCUUCGCGCAACCGUCCUCUACGGCCUCGAUGACAAGCCGCCCUUUCCGCGGGCGGUGGUACUCGCCGUGCAGCACGUGCUGACGAUGUUCGGCUCGACCGUCGCGGUGCCGCUGUUGCUCGCCGAGCCGAUGCAGAUGAACGCGACGCAGACCGCGCUGUUGAUCUCGUCGGUCAUGCUCUGUAGCGGCGUGGCCACGCUGCUACAGACGACCUUCGGGUCGCGGCUGCCGAUCAUUCAGGGGGUGAGCUUUUCUUUCUUGGCGGCGUUCAGCGGCGUCAUCAUCCCGACGGUGUUGCGUCCCGAGAGCGCCGGCGGCCUCGGCGGUGAUGGCGGCGAAGCGAUGCAGUACAUCGCCGGCGCGGUGAUUGUCGGCGCGGUGGUCGAGAUGGCGCUCGGGUUCUCGGGCCUCGUGGGCGCCGUUCGGCAUUUCCUCUCUCCAGUGGUCGUUGGCCCCGUGAUCAUGCUGAUCGGGCUCGCGCUCUAUCAGGCCGGCGCUCCGGUGGCUGCGUCGCACUGGCCGACGAGCAUCCUGACGAUGACGCUUGUCAUCUUGUUCUCGCUAGCGCUGUCGCGACGACUGCUCUUGUUCCGAUUGUUUCCGAUGCUGCUGGCGAUCCUCGCGUCG